UUAAACACUUAUCGUAUAGAUAAUAUUAUUAUGUUUAUACACGGAUACCGACUAAUGUGGAAGUCGUAUUUUUAAGGAGUGUUUUUCGUUAAUAUUUUAUUUCUAUCGUGCGACUUUAUAAGCGGACAUAAUUAUUAAGAUCAAAAAUUUUUUUUUACUUUACAAAUACAUAAUAUCAUGGGUGAGUGUGACGAGAGCGGCGUGGCGGCGCAGUAUCGGGGCAAGUCGGUGUUCGUCAUCGGUGGAAGUGGAUUCCUCGGCAAAGUACUCAUAGAGAAACUCCUGUACAGUUGCGAUGGGAUAAACAAAGUAUAUGUUUUGAUGCGAGACAAACGAAGCGCAUCAGCGCAGCAGAGACUCGACGAAAUAUUUCAAUUACCAGUUUUUUCGAGGUUGCAGAAAGAGAAACCAUGGGCGAUGGAAAAGGUUGCGGUGGUGACCGGCGACCUCACCUCCUACAACCUGGGUCUGUCGGAAACAGAUGUGAAGGAAAUUAUUGAGAAGGUGUCGUACGUGUUUCACCUGGGCGCGACGGUGAAGUUCAACGACCCCGUGGAGCUAAUGUUCGACAUCAACGUUGGCGGCACGGAGCGGGUCAUGAACCUGUGCAAGCGGAUGAAACGGUUACAGAAAUUCGUAUACGUUUCGACGGCCUUUUCGAACUCGAAACAUCAAGUGAUAGAAGAAAGAAUAUAUCCCUUACCGUUCACGUUGAAUGCAAUAAAAAAGCAGAUACUAGGAGGUCUUUAUCCAAAAGAAGUGGAAAAGCUAUUGGACGGCAGACCCAACACGUACACGUUCACGAAGGCUCUAGCUGAGGUGUACAUCAACGACAACCGCGCACACGUGCCCUCAGUCAUCGUUAGACCGUCUAUAGUGGUGGCAAGUCUGAAAGAGCCAGUAGAGGGGUGGAUCGACACCUGGUCAGGCGCGAACUCGGUCGUGUGGGGCAUCGGGCUGGGGCUGACGAGAGCACUGCGGGGCAAGUACAGCAACGCGACAGACUUAAUACCUGUGGACUACGUCAUCAACCUCACCAUCGUCGCAGCUACUACAGACUCUUAUUGUUCAGACGAGGUGGCUGUGUAUAAUUCGAGCUCGAGUGAACUAAAUCCGAUCAUAUUGCGAAUGGUGAACGAAUAUGUUGUCGGUCACAGCAUUGAGAAUAAAAUAUAUAAACGUCCAAAUCCAAAUGUGGCCCUGACCACGUCGCCCAUCAACAUUUAUUUACUGAAAUUGUGGAAAGAAAUUAUACCAAUGUAUCUUAGUGACGUCAAAGAUUACUUCAAGGGAGAGAAAGGAAGAAGCGUGGAACUUAUAAGGAAACUUCAUUUCGUCGAAAGCAAGAUGGUGCCGUUCAUAGCUACUUCCUGGGUGAUCCGGGCGCAGAGGACCAAGGCACUUUUCCAGUCCCUUCCCCAAAGGGAUAGGGACGAAUUCCCUUUUAACCCCGAAAAUAUAGACUGGGAGAAUUACAUGUACACGUACUGUAGUGGCAUAAGAGAACACUUGCUCAAGGACUAACGCUAAAACACGGGCGGAUACGGGCGCGGGCGCACGCGUCGGAAUACCGCCGCGGGCGAGCGGGCACCCGUCGCGUGCGCAUCUCAUUUAGCGCUGAUAGUAUAUUUUUUAUUUCGAGCGUGUACAGUUGUGUUAAGUAGAUUACCAUGGAUUAUUUACUAAUUUAUUAUUUGGUAAAAAUACGUCAACAGAAACAACG